AAAACAGUCAGUACAAUAGUAACAAUAGCGAGUGAUCAGUGAUGUGAAAAAAGUGUUAAAGAAAGAUGAGCAGCAAUAGCAAUAAUUCAUGUGUGGAAACUCCAGCUGCUCCCGAUUGGUUGUCAAAGCUGGAGGACCGCCGGGAAAAAUUGAAAAGGUCAAAGUUGGGACAUGAAGCCGGAGCCGGUGCACCUUGCAACGAGUGUGGCGUUAAGUGUCCCGGCUUGGAUUUGCAUUUUUGGCGUAAGGUUUGCCGCAAUUGCAAGUGUCGCAAAGAUCAGCAUAUGUGCCAGGAUGACGAAGUAACUGGCUGGGCCCAGUUUGAGAUACUGGGACAAAUACGUUCUAAACCAGCUUUCAUCAAAAUUAAGACGUUGGCAAAUCAACCGGUUAAAGUCGAGUGGGUUCCGCCCAAUAUCGCGCCUGAUCUUGCCGCUGAUUAUAUGGAAAAGUUGGGCACAGCAAAUGUACCUGUUGCCGGCAGUGAUGCAGCAGCUAGGCGUAAGCAACAGCUAGAAUUUCAGGUGCCUCCGCAUGACUUGGAUGCAGGGUUCUGCGAUAAUCUUACUGAGUCUGAAGCAGAUCAAUUGCAGCAAUAUGUCCAGAAGAUACGUGACAAUUGUGUUGGCCAGGGCAAUGUAGUUCGAGUGGGAAACUAUGCGAAUGCUACGUUGGGUACUAUAAAUACUAUCAACAAAGGCGAAAGCAAAUAUGCCGAUGUAAUGCUGGCAUUGCAAGAUACACCUGUUGUCGAUGCCACCCUUUCGACGAUUUUAUCUAAUGAGAAACUUGCAAAAGCUAUCGCAGACAACUUGCCGUGUGAAUAUCCUAAAAUUUUUGUAGUAUUUUCGGAGGCAAUUUCUGAUGGACCUCUUAGUGCUAAUGUUGAAUCGAAACUAACGCCCGCAAUAAAGCAAAAACUUCGAGGACUUAAUGAAGCGGCUGUACAAAGCUUAAUACUUAAUGGGCCCGUAUACGACAAAAUAUUUGGCGUGUUGAAAAAACAAAAUUUUGACAUUUCCCGAGAUCCUCGUUUGGGACCACUAUCCGACCUUCGCAAGGAAUAUUUGUCUAACCCUUUUGCUAAAAAAGAAAUAGACAACGCAUUCAGUACGCAAAUGCCUCCUAAUCAAUCAUCUUACGGUUCACCCCUGAAGACUCCAUCGAAAUUUGUGAACGAUUUGUCGUUUAAUUCUCCUCUGCCCUUAAAAGCGGCAUCAAAUCUAAGGUCAGGAUCACAAAUGUUACAAGAUACUCCAAUACGAAAAGUUCAAUUUGGAAAUGCGUCGACUAUUGUAUACGAUUGUAAUUUACCACCUAAUGUGGAUUAUGAACGUGAUCCAAUUUUCGCAAAAAUCAUUCGUUCGGAACCACUGAAACAUGCUGUACAAACUGCCAAGAGUACGAAGAAACCCCAAUCGAUUUUAAUGUCUACAUCAAUAGCCGGCUCGUCCCGCGGUAUCGCUGACAUUGAUUUAAGUCAGGAAGUUAAGGAAAAACUUCAAAAUCUUGGCAUAGAAUCGAAUGAUAUGUUACAAAGUGCAGUUUUGAAUGCCCCCUUUUAUGAGAGACUUUUUUCAGAUCUUCAAGACAAGAAUAUUAAUUAUGACCAGUGUAAGUUGCUAAAACCAUUUGAGCUGUUGGGUCACGAAUUGCGUACCAAUCGCCCUUUGUAUGAGGAGGUGCGUGAGUAUGUCACCUCAUUGCCCAACAGUUUAGAUGUAGCUUAUACGCCGGUAAAUAUGGGCUUACAGCAAUCGCUGAGUGUUUCAAAAAGUUCUGAUUCCGGAUUUGAUUCAAAACCUUCGACCCCUAUUCAAGGAACAAUUCCGCAGGGAUAUACUGAAGAAGUUAACGCAUUAAGCGGCAAACUUGUUUCUAUACCUGGAAUUCAAGAGAUGAAUAUGUAUCCAACAGUUGAGGUGUCGAAAGGAAUGAAAAGUUUGUCGCUUACCGAUCAACAUCCUCCGCGGCAAAAUAAACAAUUUAACGUAGAACCAAUGACUAUGUUAAAAUGUCGUGAUUGUUCUAAAACUAUUAACUUUGGUGAAGUUGCCGUCAAAGCGGAACGCGCAGGAAAAGAAAUAGCUUGGCAUCCGGAAUGCUUCAAAUGUUAUACAUGUCGCGAGUUGUUGGCAGAUUUGGUUUAUUUCUUUCAUGGAGGUCAAGUAUUUUGUGGUCGUGAUCUGGCUCUAAAAUUGAAAAUUCCCCGUUGCAAGGCUUGCGACGAAUUAAUAUUUACUAAAGAAUACACAGCCGCCGAAGGUGCAACAUUCCACAUAAAGCACUUCUGUUGCUAUCACUGUGAUUUGCCGCUGGCCGGUCAACAAUACAUACCGGAUGAAAAAUCAAAUAUGCCUUUGUGUCUAAAAUGUUAUGAUCAAUACUUUGCCAUUGCCUGUCAGCGUUGCUCACAACCAAUCGGACCAUCCGAUCAGGGUGUUGCAUGGGUGGAUAUACAUUGGCAUGAUUCAUGCUUUAUAUGUGCUGGAAAAGAUUGUGGUAAAUCACUUAUUGGUGGACGUUUCUGUGUGAAACACAAUAUGCCAUUUUGCAGCCCAGCCUGUGUUCAUAGCAUCGUCAAAUAGAAAUCCCCUUUACCCUAACUGUAAUGGCAAUAGUAAUAGCCAGCUUACACUGUAAGAUUUUUCGACACACUCUUGGAACAGUAACAUACCCCUAUUUGCUGUCAAUAUAUACACAAUCAGCUCUCCCUAAUGCCUUAUAAAUCUGCGUAAAAGCUGAAAGAAAAACUCUUUUAUGUGCUACUGUCGUAAAAUCGUACCUUGUAAAGUGACUUUAGUUAGGCUUCGUUUCAAAAUUUUGAUUUUAUGAUAUCAUACCUUUUUAGAAGAUCUUUCCAUCAAAUACAAUAUUGUAUUUGAUUUUUAACAAAAAUGCCAGCUCCUGCUGCAUAUCUGCAACUGAAACCACUGAUUUUGAGCGACAUUUCCAACAGAGUAAAAACAGCUGAAUACAUAUAUUUAAAAUCUGUCUUACCAUACAGGGAAAAUAAGCUAUAAUUGGCACUCUUAGAAUGCAUUAGAGAAAGUGAACAAAUUCAAAUUUUUUUUAACACUCACAAUGCAAAUGUGUUAUAAUUUUUGAUUUACUGUGAUCCGUUUAAAAGUUAUAAAGUUAAACGAGGUAAUUUGUGGAUUAAUUUUUUCAAAGCAAAGGUUUUUUUAUCGACACCUCCGAAUUUCAUAAAACUCGGCACGAUUAAUGUACCUUACCUUAUAGAACGUAUAUUUUUGGGAUCUUAAAAGUUCAUAGUUUUAUAAAUAUGUAUGCAAUUUUAAAGUUGGUAAUGGAUAACUAAGACAUCAUGACAUCUUAAAGGUUAGUGAUUUAUUAAAUAUUUGUAUACCAUUUUUCCAAGUAAAUAUCAUAUUUUAUAGUGUGUAGAAAAACAUAUAUUUUUGAAAAAAAAAAUGCAUUUUGCAAUCUUAACGUUUUCUGAUGCAUUAUAAAAUUUCGAAAUCGGUCGAGUUUACAAAGAUUAAAAAAACCGGUUGACCGGUUUUGGUUUUGGAUACUCUAAGUUGGAUGCAAAAAUCUUCUAUAAUUGUAUGAUAUCACAAAAUUAGAAUACAAUAUUUUUUUUUAAAUUAAGCCUAUUCAAUAUA